CAGGAGUACGGCUCAGUUUGGUUUUGCGCGUCGGCAUCGCAGGUGUUACAAGGAUGUUGAGUCCCUACUACGUACUGUACCUGGUCCUCGGGCUGGUUUUUCGCGUGACCGAGGCGAUUAUCGGACUGCUCAAGCUGGAUCUGGUGGCUCGAGCUUUGGAGGCCAAGUUUGGCAACUUUAUCAUAGGACUCAAUGAUAGCCGCCCUAAGGAAAAUGCACCGACAGACAGCGUCAGCAAAACCGAGCUGGACCACCUGGCCAAGAUGGUGACGUUCUGGUGGAACAAAAAUGGACCCGCCAAAAUGCUGCACACCUUCUACCAAGUGAGGGUCCCCCUCGUAGUGGAAGGACUAGCCGAAACCGGUCGAAUCUCCAAAGCCGACAUCUCCAAGCCGGACUCACUGAAAGGCGUUCGCAUCCUUGAAGCCGGCUGCGGUGGCGGCGUCCUCGCCGAAGAUCUGGCCCGACUUGGAGCGUACGUGGUCGGCGUAGACCCUGGUACGGAAAUGAUCGACCUCGCCAAGCGUCACCUGGAAACGGAGUCCGCAGAUCUGAAGGACCGCCUCGAAUACCACGCCAUCACCGUUGAGGAACACGCGAAAAAGUUCGCCGGCACGUACGACGCCAUCGUUUGCUCCGAAGUCAUGGAACACGUGGACGAGAAGGUUUCGAUUCUGGAGGCGUGCGUGCGCUGUCUCAAGCCGGGCGGUUCGCUGUUCGUCACCACCGAGAACCAAACCAUGCUGGCGUGGUUCAUGUUCAUCAUCAUUCCAGAAUACAUCCUAAAGUUUAUCCCGAAGGGAACCCACUUUUACGAGAAGUUUGUCUCGCCCGGCCAGAUCAGCAAAAUUCUCGACCAAUAUCAGUGCAAGACGAAGCGCGUUCGCGGGUUCUUCUACGAUCGCAUGUUCAACUCGUGGUCGUUCAUCGAGAGUGACGAGUGCAACUACGGGCUGCAUGCCGUUAAGAAGUAACGAGCAACUUAUUUGAGAAGCAAUAGCUAGGUUCUGGAAACACAGUGUCGACAAUCAAGCCAUUGAAUGAUAAAAUAAAAUUUUAGAAAACAA